AUCGCAAAUGGCCUGGAGCAACCACAGCGCCAUCACAGAGUUCAUUCUCACUGGGCUCUCUGAUGACCCCCUGAUCGAGGCUCUACUCUUCGCGCUCUUCCUGGGCAUCUACGUCCUCACCAUGACGGGAAACCUGACGCUGCUGCUGGUCAUCAGGGCCGACUCCCACCUCCACACCCCCAUGUACUUCUUCCUGAGCAACCUGUCGUUCCUGGAUCUCUGCUUCUCAUCCGUCACGGUGCCGAAGCUGCUGAAGGACCUCCUGUCGGUGAAGAAACGCAUCUCUGUGGAGGGCUGCCUGGCUCAGGUCUUCUUCGUGUUCAUCACUGCGGGGACUGAAGCCUUUCUUCUUUCAAUGAUGGCUUAUGACCGCUACGCUGCUGUAUGCCACCCACUGCUCUACGGCCAGAUAAUGAGCAAUGAGCUCUGUCUGAAGCUCGUUCUGCUCUCAUGGGGCCUGGCCUCUCUCAAUUCAGUAGUCAUUGUGCUCUUGGCUGUGAACCUGGACUUCUGUGAGGCCUACACCAUACACCACUAUAUCUGUGAGCUGCCUUCUCUCUUUCCUCUGUCUUGCUCUGACAUCUCCAUCAAUGUUGACAUCUUGAUCUGCUCCACCUUGUUGCAUGGGCUCGGAACCUUUCUCCCAAUCUUCUUUUCUUAUGCCCGAAUUGUAUCCACCAUCCUGAACAUGAAAUCCACCACAGGGAGGAGCAAGGCAUUUAACACUUGCUCUUCUCACAUCAUAGCAGUGGUCCUGUUUUUUGGGUCAGGCCUGGUUCGUUAUCUCAUGCCCACGUCUGGUUCCUCCCUUGACAUGCUCUCUUCCUUGCAGUACAGCGCAGUCACCCCCAUGCUGAAUCCUCUCAUCUACAGCCUGAAGAACCAGGAGGUGAAGGCAGCUGUGAAAAGGACAUUAGGGAAAUGCCUGCAGUACUUGGAGUGAGGGCUAAGUCACAGAAGGGUGGGGAAGGAGUCAGCAUUGCCAAGCACUUGAACUUCAAGUAGAGUUUUAGACCACUGACUUAAAGGGAGG